GAAGAAUACAGAGAGAAGAUAGCACCGAGCAAAUGGGCUGCGUCUCUUCCAAGCACGUCAGGAAAGAACGGGAACUCGAAGCUCGUCAGCACCACCAUCCUCGGCAUGGUCACGGUCAGGUCGGCUUCGACGAUGGCGGCCGCGCGGCUCGCCCUGCCCCCAUGCCCAACCACGUGGUCUCCCUCACCUCCAGCACUUACGGCCUGCUCAGGCUGGACAGCGACGAGCGAGGAUUGCCGUCGCCGCAGCUGCCCCAGCAGCAGCAACGAGAAGUCGCCGUGCAGAGCAAGAGAUUGAAGGGAGGAGGGUCCCCGGCUCGCAGUGAAGAACCCCCUGAAGUCAUCAAUGCGUGGGAGCUCAUGGAAGGCCUGGAGGACGGAGCGCCGGCGCCGGCGAACCAGAACCGGAAGGCUCCGAGCCCGAGGCCGCGGGGAUUGCUCCGAGGUCUGGCGAGCAUCGAUGCGAAGUCUCCGCUCAACUUCAUGAACCAGAUUGGUUCCCCGAGGAAGGCGAACACUUAUGGAGGCAAGGAAAACAAGGGGAGCAGCGCAGGGAAUGGGUCGAACCGCCUCGUGGGGAGAUCCGAUGUCACCCCGAAACAGGGGUUGAGAUCAAACAAGUCGUCGGACAGUUCGUGCAAAGCGGCGAAGAGUCUGAGAAUUUCGACCGUUGGGAUUCCGUUUGGAGGGAAGAGGAACAGCUUCGGGAGUGAUCACGGGGUCUCGUCUCGGCGGAGUUUGGGCCCUCUGUUCGAUCCGGAGCUGCUGGAUUCGUACGAGAAAGAGCUGUCUCAAGGCAAAGAGCAGAUCAAGAAGAUGAUUUCGCCAUCAGCCAAGAUCAGAAAGAAGAGAAAUUUUAAGGACCCGGAGUCUGUCCUCCGCGCGUUUCAGCAAAAAUGCCCACGUGGUGGAGACAAUGUGGUCGUCAUAUACACCACCACGCUGAGAGGCAUCAGGAAGACGUUUGAGGACUGCAAUGCCGUGAGGUCGGUGAUGGAGUCGCACUGCGUUCAGAUGCAGGAGAGAGACGUGUCCAUGGACUCGGGCUACAAGGAGGAGCUGAGGAAGCUGAUGGGGUCGAAGGAGGUGAAGGUGCCACUGGUGUUUGUGAAGGGAAGGCUGAUCGGAGGAGCUGAUGAGGUAGUGAAGCUGGAGGAGGAGGGAAAAUUGGGGAUUUUGCUCGAUGGCAUUCCAAGGACUUCACUGAGUUGCUGUGAAGGGUGUGGAGGAGUGAGGUUUGUGAUGUGCAUGGAGUGCAGUGGGAGUUGCAAGGUCUUUGACAAGGAAGAGAAGAAGGUUUUCAAGUGUGGGGAGUGCAAUGAGAAUGGGUUGAUUCAUUGCCCCAUUUGCUGUUGAUUUGAGCUGGAUUGGAUUCGUCUAGCUAAUUCUGUUUUUGGGUUCUUUGUUUUUUUUUCUACUGGGUUUUCUGAUUUUGUUCCAUCUGAUGUAAAGACUGAACUAGGGGGUAGGAAGUGUUGGGGCUUGGUUCUGAUGAAGUGUGUGUUUUUGAGGAGUCCCUCCUGUUUUGCUAAUCGUUUCGAUUGCAGAUUAUUGCUAUAUAUGUAUCUGAUGUAACAAUCUUUUGGUUUGCAAGAGAUUAUGUUUAUAUCUCCACAGGCUGAUUCAAUAGGAUGAUAUGGAAGUUUGUUCAUUUCCCUA